AUGACAUUGGCAAAUGCUGUAGCCACUCCUUUGGCUCAAAAAACAUGCUCAUUCGAGUGUCCACAUUGCCACCACCAAUCUUUUCGACACUUUUGCUGGUGGAAUAGAUAUAUGGGCUCACCCAUACAAUCUCAAGGGAAUCAUGGGUUUGGUAGAGAUGCGAUGAUUCUGUUGAAACACAAAAUUUUAAAAAUCAUAAUGCUAAGACGUACUAAAAAGGGAAGGGCUGCUGAUCUUGGACUUCCUCUAAAGAUCGUUACCUUGCGCAAAGAUUGUUUCGAUGUUAAGGAAGAAGACUAUUACAGAUCACUGUGGGAUGAAAGUCGUGCACAAUUCAAUAUAUACAUUCAAGCUGGUACGUUGAUGAAUAACUAUGUUAACAUUUUUAAUCUACUCACACGCAUGCGGCAGGCCGUCGAUCAUCCUUACCUUGUGGAAUGCUCAAGUUCUGCUUUGGCUAGAAGUGGAAGAACACCUAAUUUUGGCUAUGUUGAACAAACAUGUGGUUUAUGUCAUGAUCCAGUAGAAGAUCCAAUCGUUAAUUCUUGCACACAUGUCUUUUGCAAGUCAUGUCUAAUAAACUUUUCUGCAAUUGUGGGACAACUUUCAUGCCCUUCAUGUUUUAAAUCAAUUACAGUGGAUUUCACAGCAAAUGAUCAGAAAACUAAAGCAACAAUCAAAGGACUUAGGUCCUCGAGUAUAUUGAACAGAAUUUGCCUUGAUAAUUUUCAGACAAGCACAAAAAUAGAAGCGUUGAGAGAAGAAAUAAGGUUCAUGAUUGAAAGAGAAGGUUCCGCAAAGGCAAUAGUCUUCAGCCAAUUCACAUCAUUUUUGGAUCUGAUACACUAUUCUCUACAGAAGUCGGGGAUUAAUUGUGUUCAUUUAGAUGGAUCCAUGACUAUCACUGCAAGAGAUUCUGCAAUUACAAGAUUUACCAAUGAUCCAGAUUGCAUUAUAUUUCUUAUGAGCUUGAAAGCCGGAGGUCUUUCCGUGAAUCUUACAGUGGCAUCACACGUUUUUUUGAUGGAUCCUUGGUGGAAUGCUGCUGUGGGCGCAUACAUUCCAACAGGUCUCUACAGUAGUAGUGUAGUAGUAUGUGUUGAUCAUCUUGUACUUCUAAGAUACUUAGAACAAAACUUUGAAGAAGUUGUUAAGACAUAA